CCGGCAAACCAACACACGAGCAGGCCUGUCUGCCGACCAACCAGCAACACACUGGCACGUCAAUCAAGCAAAAGGGUCUAGAUCUCCCCAACGACCAUUGUCCGAUUUCCGCAUCUCCUCCUGUUCUCACCUACCUCACCUCCUCUUCGCUCUGCUGUAAACCUUCAAUCGCCUCUUCGCAGUCAUCAACACGCCGUUUUGUCAUUCUUGCACCGGUCGAGCUCGAGCCAUCCUAUCCCCACCCAUCAACUGCUGCCACCGCUGUGCUCUAGGACUAUCUCAGGCGAUGGCACGGGAUAUCUCGACCUGCUGAUACUUAAUUACGAAAACCAGCGCCGUGCUCUCGACUUGCCUCUCUCUGACAAAAUGGGCUGCUGCAUCUCUCGCUCCGAGGCCGACGCGUACCCGCACCCCUCCAACACUGGCUCCACGCGAGCCAUCAACCCCGCCACCGCCGCCUCCGUCCCCCGCGAGCGCUCUCCUGCCGGCACCCAUGCGACACACCCCUCUUCGGGCCGCCGCCGCGGCCGCCACUCCAACAUGCCCCUCGACAAGCACAUCAACAAGCCCCUGCGCCGCCACGAAUGGUCCUCCAAGGGCCGUGCAUGGACACGCACCGCCCUGGACCGCGAGCGCGCCGACUUCUUCGACACUCGCGUGACCGGCCGCCCCGAGGUCUGGCAGUCGCUGCGCGCUGCCCUAGAGGUCCUAUGGGACCCCGUUAGUCAGGGCGCCGCCGCUGACGGUACCGGCGGCCUGGCUACGGCUCAGGGCAUCCUCGACGCGGCCGAGAUCACGUUGCCGACGGGGGACCUCGCCCAGGGCGCCUACGACCAGCUGGGUAACUAUUACUCCCUCGCCGAGUGGCUUGUUGCCGACCCGGCCAACCUCGUCGAGGACGACGCCGCCACUGAAGGCGCCGACGAGGCGCUCUCCACCCGGGACCUUAAAGACGAUCUCGCCGGCGGGGACGAGACCACGGAGGAGCUGGACGAGGACGACAACGUCCGCCGCAGAGAGGAGAAGGGCAAGGCCGUUGUCGACGCCCGAGACCAGCUCUCAGUGUUAGCACGCCUUAGCGAGACCGCGCGUGAUGUCACUGUCAACUUUGUCAAGUCGGACACCGUGAGAGUCGUUGCUCGCAAGAUACAGGAGCAGGCAGGGCUUGUCGGCACCAAAAAAGUCCGCAUCGCAUACAUGGGCAAGAUCCUCAGGGAAAACCUCUCGCUCACCGAGCAGGGCUGGCAGGAGGGCCAUGUGGUCAAUGCCCUCGUCUUCGACCGAUAGCAUCAUCGGGGACAAUCUCCAAUGACCCGGUAUUCGCCCUGGCUGGUCGUCACGCUGCGCACCGCCGGGACACGCAUCGUAUUCAGCCCCCCUAGCUCGCGGCUAUCCUCAGGCAUAGGGCUCAGUCAGUAGGCGUGCCAGUUGCUGGCAUGCC